CUCAGAUUUGAAAUAAACCAAUCACUGUACAGUCAACAGUGUACAGAUAAAAGUGAGAAAACCUCCUUUUCAUAUUUGUUCAAAGUUCAAACUUUUUAUACUACACAUUUCUUAAGAGAUAGAGAGAAAGAGCUUUGUGAAAAGACAUGGUGAAGGUUGUUCAAUUACUGAGUCAACUCGUUCUCCUGUUGAUGCUAUGCUGCUGCUUAUUUCCAUCUUCUUCAAUGGCUGCUAGGCCUUCUUUCCUCUUCAUUAGACACAGAGGACGAUGCACUCCCCAGUAUUGGGGAAGUAGGAGGGAAGAAUGGCCAAACAUGGUCCCACAAAGAUCAACGGUGUCAAAGGUAUUUGGAUCAAGAGCAAUUGAACGGUUCAGAUUUGAUCUGACUUUAUUGGAAGCAGCAACACGAAACGACGACGUUGAGAAUGUGUAUAUAAGAUUGUUGAAGCAAUCAAGUGCUGCCUUGCUGAACUCCUAUGCAAGAGUGGGCUACCCUUACAAGGCCUGGGAGGUCAAGACUCUUCUUUUAAAGGGCUUAAUCUCUGAGACGGACGCGGCCCAACUAGCCCAAAUUCUUAAGAAGGCUAAUGAAGCUUGUAAUUAAAACUCUAUUUGCGCGCAAUUAGUCUUUAAUUGUAAUAGUACUACUAGUACGUAGCUAGUAUUACCUCCGUCUCAAAAAGAUUGUCUAAUAUGGACGUUGUGACUAACGUAGUCACAACGGUCAAUAUUAGUUAGAAAGUUUGGGGAUUAAUUUUUGGAGUGACACCUCUUAAGUCUUAAUAUGUAGACUCUACCUCAACAUGAAGUGAGUUUCAUGUUUUAAGGUUAGUCAAUGAAGUGAUUUAGGAAUCAAAAGGUUUACUAGUAGAACGAGUUUCUCUUGUAUAUGUGGAAUUUUAUGCCAAUCAUUAUGUUGACUAAUUUCGAGUAUUUCACCACUUAAAAUUGGAAGUGAUAUCUAAGAUCCCAUGAAGCUUGCAUAUUGACUUGUAUUGGAUAUUAGUUAAAAUGAUCACUUGAUCAUACGAUUCAUUUGAAAUUGCAAUCUUUUUCUCGA